AUGUCUUAUACCACAUUGGCCCAGCAGGGUCUCGCCGCCGCCGAAGCCCGCAACUGGGACGAAGCGAUCGAUAAGCUCACAACCGCUCUCGAAACCUCCAAGAACCCCCAGUGGCUCAUAGCUCGAUCGAAAGCCCUCAUUCACCAUAAAAAGUUCCAUGAGGCACUUAACGACGCCAACCUCGCUUGGCACUCAGCGUAUGACCGUAGCAAGCGACCGCUGCUCGUUGAAGCCCACUAUCGACGUGCUGUCGCCUACUUCCGUCUUGGACAAUAUGCCAACGCCGAUGCAUGCUGCGUUUACGCCAUGCGUCUAAUCAAAAAUCUUCCUGCUAUCGAAAAAGAAGACCCAGCCAAGGCCAAAUGUGACGAGAAUGGUUUCUACAAGGUAGCCUUGAAAGAUGCACAAGAAGAGUCGGCGAUAGAUGAAAUAAACAGGAACAAGGGCCCCUCACUCCAACAAGCGGAGCCAGCUAAUUGGAAAGACUGGCGUAUAGCCAGCACUUUGCGUAUGCAAAUCCUAUUUGCUAUGGAGAAACUUCCCGAGGAUGACCCUGCCCGCAAGCUCACCACAAGUGUCAAGCCUGAGUUAAAAGAGUUGGCAGGUUUGGCGGAUUUGGGAAUAACCGACAACAAAACCCCUUCUACUACUCAAACUACUGCUAAGCCCGCCGUGGUCGAUGAUUCUCCUCCGCGAAUUCAGGAAUUCCAGAACAGUGACACCAUGUCAGUGUCCAUUUUCUCCAAGAAAGUUAACAAAGACAAACUUCAAGUUGUAUUCAAGGACGAGUUUGUUUCUCUUGAUUCUGUCGUUUGGCCCGAUGGCUCCGAGAGAUGCCUAAGCUUCCACACAUGGGGUCCUAUCAAUACCGAUACUUCCACAUGCAGGGUCACUCCCAACAAGGUUGAGCUUACACUCAAAAAGAAAAGUCCUGGCAUGUGGAAGCAGCUGAAGAAGGAUGAGGACAACAAUACAACAUCCUCCAGCGCUCCCAAUGAGGAAACCGAGAAGCUCAAGCUUCUCAAAGAAGCUCGCAAGAAAGCCAUGGAUGCCGCUGAUGCCUCAGACGAGGCGACUCCUACCGUUCAGAAGGAUGAAACAACCAUUAUCGGUGACAAGGGAAAGGGAAAGGCCUCCUCCAAACAUCCUGCGUCUACCAAGACCGAAAAGAAGAACUGGGACAAUAUUGGCGACGAUAUUGACUCCGACGAAGAGAAGGAUGUCAACGUCUUCUUCAAGAAGCUUUUCAAGGGUGCUACUCCUGAGCAACAGCGAGCCAUGAUGAAGAGUUUCACUGAGAGCAACGGUACCAGUCUCAGCACUGAUUGGGAUGAUGUCAAAGACCGAAAGGUCGAGACCGUCCCACCCGAGGGUGUUGAAGCCAAGAAGUGGUAA